AUGUCACAUGAAGACAUUCUCCAUACAAUGGCAAACUUCAGCCAUGAAGAAACGCAAAGUCAUAAAGUUCUCAUGCCUAGGAUUGGUUACACUAUCCUAGCAAUAAUUAUGGCCUUUUUUUGCAUCGUCUCCAUAAUUCUAAACAGCGCGGUUAUUGCAGUUACUGUGAAAUACCGACAGCUACGUCACCCAAUCAAUUACUCUCUUGUCAACUUGGCGGUUGCAGAUCUAGGUGUUACCAUAUUGGGAGGAUGCCUUACUGUAGAAACCAAUGCUGUUGGUUAUUUUAAUUUGGGAAGAGCUGGCUGUGUCAUUGAGGGAUUUGCUGUUGCAUUCUUUGGAAUCGCAGCACUGUGCACUAUUGCGCUGAUAGCCGUAGAUCGAGUCAUCGUGGUGUGUAAGCCUAUGGGAACGCUUACAUUUUCGGCCAAACAAUCAUUAGCUGGCAUAGCGGUUUCAUGGACCUGGUCACUUAUAUGGAACACACCUCCUCUCUUUGGCUGGGGAAGCUAUGAACUGGAAGGUGUUGGAACAUCGUGUGCACCCAACUGGUACAGCACGGAGCCUGUUAACGUGUCAUACAUAAUGUGCUAUUUUUGUUUUUGCUUUGCAAUUCCAUUUAUUACCAUCUUGGUUUCCUAUGGCUACCUAAUGUGGACACUGCGUCAGGUAGCUAAAUUAGGUAUAGCAGAAGGAGGAACGACCAGCAAAGCUGAAGUUCAAGUAUCAAGAAUGGUCUUAGUAAUGAUCUUAGCAUUUCUCGUCUGCUGGCUGCCUUAUGCCACCUUUGCUAUGAUGGUAGUGGCUAACCCAGGAAUGUAUAUUGACCCAAUUAUAGCCACUGUACCCAUGUACCUAACCAAAACCAGUACAGUCUAUAACCCAAUUAUCUACAUUUUCAUGAACAAGCAGUUUAAAGAAUGUGUGAUUCCCUAUCUAUGUUGUGGGAGAAACCCAUGGGCAGGUGACAAGUCUACGUCUACAGAAGAAACUACAGGAGUAACGAGUGCUUCCAAACGAGGAAAAGUGUCUCCAGCAUAA